CAGAGGUGUUGGGAAUUUCGAGAGGAAAGGGACACUUGAGACAUAUUUUUUAUAAAAGAAGGCGCAGAAGUUUAGCGACUUGAAUUACCACUAUAAAAACAGGUUAGGGAUGCGAACGUUGGGAAGAAAUUCGCUGGUCGAAAAGGAGUUGGACGCGGAUCUUCUUCUCUCUUUCCUUCUCUCCACUCAAGUCUCUCUCUCUCUCUCUCUAUUUGUUGCUGGGAGCUCUAAGGUUUACCGUUUUUUAUUGUUUACAUAAAUCAGAUUUUAGGGUUUGCAUUGUACUUUUGGUUUUUCCACUCUGUGGGUUAUUUUCUCGAGGAAUUCUGUGCGCUGUAUUUGUGCUUGAUUUAUUUAUGUAUCUGAUUCAGUGUUCUAGGAUUGUUUUCUAAUAAUUUCUUUUCUGCGUAUUAGGGUUUAUUUGCCAUUAAUCUUGGGCAUGAUUGUCAUGUUGUAGGGUUCCGUUCUCAUUUUUCCCCUUUUGAACUUCUUUGGUGGUAUGGAUCCCUAAAUGGUUUUGUUUUCAAGAUUUUGCGUCCUUUGGUUUUCUGCAUUCUUUUGAUUUCCUUUUCCAAUUUGAAUUCAGAAGUGACAUUUUCUUGAUAAAUUGACUGGAUUCAGAAAUGGCAUUGUGCUGAGGGUUUUCUUUUUCUUCUUUGGGUUGUCCACUUCUGCCUCAGGAGAGAUGUACCACUAUGAAAGAUUUAUUUUGCUAGAUUGGUUACUAGAGUUUUUCUAUUAGCAAAGAUAUUAGCCUUCGUACCUGUUUUUUUUAUUUUUGCUUUCUCGUGCUAGUUAGUUUCUGGUGUUUUUCCAUGAUAUUAUAGUUCUAUUGUGUUAGUCUCCUCAUGAUCUUUAUAUCGUUUAACUUGCUUCAGUCAUUUAUAUUUAUGUUUGCAUUUGUUUCCGCUAUACUCCAUUUUGAGUUGCUGAGAUAGAGUUCUUUUCUUUUUAUUUCCCCUGUGAUGUUUAUUGUAUUUUAAUUCAUUUUAUUUCUCUUUAGAGUUGCAUCGAGAAGGAAGGGGGAGUGCUGUUAUUGGGCUGAUAGACCGAUCUGUGGUGACAUUUUGCAUAAGAUGCACUUCCGGGUAUCAUCUUACAAAAAUGCAGUUAUUGAGCUGGUUUUUGUCCCCAAAUGGACAGCAAGAAGUUCAUGCAGCUGGUCGAGGAGAAGAAGAAGAAGGUCCUUGAGAGGAUGGAGGCCCCCAUGAAGUGGGAGCAGAGGCUUGAGGCCGCUGCCAAGGCCAAAGCUGAUGCUGAGGCCAAGGAGAGAGAAGAGAGGAGGCAGAGAGCAGCCAACAAGCACAAGAGGAAAACCUCAUCAGAAUCCGAUUAUGAAUCUGAUAGUGAGAGUGAUGGGAAAAGGUCGAGGAGAAGGAACCACAAGAGGAAGGCCUCGUCCGAAUCUGAUAGCGAAGGCACCAGGAAAAGGUCAAGGAGAAAGAUCCAUAAGAGAAGGACCUCAUCAGAAUCAGAUCAAGGAUCUGAUGGCGAAGGCACCAGAAAGAGAUCAAGGAGGACCCACAAGAGAAAGACUUCAUCAGAAUCAGAUUAUGAAUCCGAUAGUGAAGGUACAGGAAAGCUUACUAGGAGAAAGACCCACAAGAGGAAGGCUUCAUUAGAACCGGGUGAGGAAACUGAUAGUGAGGGAGCCGGGAAAAGUAUUCGGAGAGAGGGUCACAAGCGGCACACUCGAAAGCAUGGUCAAAGGCUCAAUAGGAGGGGCACUCACACGAGCUCGAAUGAGGUGACAAGCAGUGAGGAAUCUGGGAGCCAGUCAGAAAGUCGGAGGAAGAGAAAGAGGCAUGUGAAGGCGCACCACCAUAGGGCAAGCUCAAGAUCAUUGGAUUCUGGUAGUGAGGAUAAUUUUUCAUCGGGCAAAUCAUCAGAUGAUAACAACGAAGAGUUGGGUAAAGGUGGUGGACGUGGUAGUAAGAGGUGUUACCGCCAUCAUCAUCGCCACCACCAUGAUCACCACCGCCACUGACAUCAGCAUCGUAGAGAGUCAGAGGAGCAGAUGAAUGGGAAGGUGUCAUCGAGCAAGAGGGAGAGAGAGAAGUCAUCGGUGGGAGAAGGUGGUCAACACCAUGAGUGCUAAGUUAAGUGAGGGACUCUUGUUUGAUUUUGAGGUCUGUAGUUACCAUUUUUAUUGUAUUGCAAACAACUAAUGCUGCUUGUGCUGCCUUUUGGGUUUGGGAAACGAUUUACUUAGCCAUAUUGGAUUCAGAAGGCUGGUGUGUGCGUUCCCUUUGUUUUGAUUCAUUCUCAGAAAAUGACUUCCUAUUUA